ACAGAGUGCGUCAAGAAGCACCAUGAAUUAUAAAGGUGAUGCGAAGACAUCAACAGAAAGACCAGAUUCCGGACCAUUUUCUGCUCUUCACCCUGGUCACUUUUUGGAAUUUGAAACUGUUUUUUGGACACCCGAGAGCGACGAGCCCAAUCUUCUCUGCGUUGGGAAUCAGUCUACCGAAAAAUAUAUAACUGCGGACAUAAAGGAAGAACUUAUACAAGAUCAAGAGACAGCAAAUAUGAGACAGCCUAAUAUGUUUGCUGGUCAGAACAGACUGCAGACCCGUACUAGGACCCAGAGAAUUGUGGAAUCAAAACCGGAAAAUAAAUACAAAUGCGAAAAGUGUGGGCGAAGUUAUACUCAGGAAGGAAAUUUAGGUCGUCAUCUAAAAUUCGAAUGCGGCGUCACACCGCAGUUCAGAUGUAACUUCUGCGACCGACGAUUUAAGCGGAAUGCACACCUUCAGCGCCAUGUAGCUCAAGUGCACCAGAAAACAAAGAAACAAAAAGCCUAUUAUUUCGCGACGUGUUAAACAAAAGUGCGAAUGAGAGCAUUUUUAUUUAAACCUAUAAAUACAAACAUCACUUGUAUGAGUAUACAAAACUCGAAUGCUGCAUCAGGCCACUGUUCGCAUGUAAAUUCUGCGAAAAGCAAUUUAAACAUAAAGAAUACAUUUAUGACCAUCCCGGGUAAAAAUAUUUGGUCUUGAUUGUGUCUUGGGUUGCCUACAAAGAGCCUCGGACUGAAUUUAGGGGGAUCGAAACGUAAACAGUCAGUAUCGUCUGAACCGCUGAGAAACUGCGAGCGCCAGCAGUUCUAGAAAGGCCGAAAACGAGGAGACUGAAAACGAGAGUUGGGUGUUUUUUUAAUGUUUUCAGGCGAAUAUUUUCGAAUUAAAGAAAAAACUUUACGUCUUGAGGCAAGAUCAUUUGAUUUGAAUAGAGUCUCUAAAAAUGUUAUCCAUUUUUUCCUAUCUCCAGCACUUCAUAAAAUACUUAUAAACAAUGGCAGUUUCAAUACAAAAUUGUAAAAAUUAGCAGAUGUCUGUUGUUUGGUCCCAACCUACAUGGAAGUAGCGGACUCUCCCGGUUGUAAUGAAACCAAAAAUCUGCCUGCUUGGCGGGCACAUUCACAUCGCGCGCUAUGCGCGUGGCUCGCAAGUUUGAGCACGCUUA